CCCAAAACCCGGGGAGUGAGACAUGGGUGGACGAGUAAAUGGCCUGAGCCGGGUUGCUCGGCAAGGUGGGGCUCCGAAGGCGAAGCUGCAUGGCGACGCGGCAGAGUAGCGCACUUUAUUACUCUGUAUGUCGCGUCGAGAAGCCUAUAAAGGCAGAUGGCAAGUAACCUUCCUACUCAUGGAUCAAGAGAUUAAAACCUGCGGCGAGUAAGCCCAUCAGAACACAUCAUCGUCAUGGAAGCCUCCAACGCGACACCGCACGGCUAUUACCCGCUGGGCGUAGAGCUGCCGCACUACGUCGCCAACGACAACUCAACCAUCUCGCUGAUUGCCCGUUUCGGUUUCCAGUGGGCGGCCGUGCUCGUCGCCUCCUAUCACCUGUUUGGCUACUUGAAGCCUACUGGAAAAUUUUCCGACCGUCUCGCCUUUACUUGGAUGUGUCUGACGGGGUUCAUUCAUCUCUUCUUCGAAGCGCACUUCGUCUCGAACCACAAAACACUUGCUGGCGAGCAGUCACUAUGGUCCCAGCUGUGGAAGGAAUAUUCUCUGUCUGAUUCUCGGUACUUGACGUCCGAUACGUUUCUCAUAUGCAUGGAAGCUGUAACCGCGUUUGCCUGGGGCCCACUGGCCUUCCUCAUCGCCUAUUGCAUCGUGGUCCAACACCCCGUCAGACACGCCCUGCAGCUCAUCGUUUCGACCGGCCAGAUAUACGGCGACGUCCUCUACUACGCCACGAGCCUGCUCGAGAUCUCUUACUGCCGGCCGGAACGAUACUACUUUUGGUUCUACUACUUCUUCUUUAACUUUAUCUGGAUGGUCGUCGGUUGCUGUGAGUCGCUACAACCGAUUGGAUGUCGAGAGAGAUAGUCUGCUGACGAGCUUUAGACUAUGUCAAGCAGAGUGUCACUGAGAUUUGGAAUGCCUUCGACAAGGUCAGGAGCGCUGAGGGCUUUGCUACCAGUGACAAAUACUUUUCCAAGAGUGAGAAAGCCAUGGGUAAGAAACAAAAG